AAUUAAAAUAAAGAAACCCUCGCUGGUCAUGUCGAAUCUACAUAAACCAACAACGGCGCUUGUGAAGCGCACAUCAUUUUCAGCUGCUGCUGCCGCCGCCGCCGCUGCAACGGUCAUGCCAAAUGCGGUGACCUUGCCAGCAGCGCUAACGCACGAGCCACAAAGAACACAUGUACCACAAGCCAAAGCAGCGAAAACAGCAACAACUGUGCAUGUGCCUGAGGGGAGCGCAAGUGUACGCCCUUACGCAGCCGUGCCCGGUCCCUGGGGUAUGCCGGUGUUGGGCAAUUCAUGGCGUUUUGCACCAUUAGUGGGUCAAUAUCGCAUACAGGAUUUGGACAAAGUUAUGAAGGCGCUACACAUUAACUAUGGGAAAAUUGUUAAGGUUGGAGGUCUGAUCGGACAUCCGGAUUUGCUGUUCGUAUUCGAUGGCGAUGAGAUACGAAAUAUUUUCAAGAAAGAGGAGACUAUGCCGCACAGACCCUCAAUGCCAUCACUUAAACAUUACAAAGGAAAAUUGCGACGCGAUUUCUUUGGCGACAUCGCUGGACUCAUUGGAGUGCAUGGCAAAAACUGGGCGCUGUUCCGACAAGAAGUACAACAAAUUCUACUACAACCGCAAACGGCUAAACAGUAUGUGCCGCCGCUGAAUGAAAUUGCCAGUGAAUUUAUGGAAAGAAUACAUGAAAUGCGCAAUGAAAACGAUGAGCUGCCGGCAAAUUUUCUACAUGAACUACAUAAAUGGGCGUUGGAAUCUGUGGGCCGUGUGGCAUUGGAUACACGCCUUGGCUGUUUAUCGCCGGACGGCAGUGAAGAGUCACAACAAAUCAUCAACGCCAUAAAUACAUUCUUCUGGGCUGUGCCUGAAUUGGAGCUGCGUAUGCCGUUGUGGCGUUUCUAUCCGACAAAGGCGUAUCGCAGUUUUGUAAAGGCGUUGGAUCACUUUACAGAAAUCUGCAUGCGUAAUAUUAGUCGCGCUAUGGAUCGCGUCAACGCUGAAAAUUCCAACGAAACAGCUGACUCGAUAGUGGGACGUAUUGUGCGUAAAACGGGUAAUCGCAAAUUGGCAGCGGUGUUGGCAUUGGAUUUAUUUUUAGUUGGCGUUGAUACGACCUCUGUCGCCAUCUCCUCAACUAUUUAUCAAUUAGCGAAAAAUCCCGAUAAGCAGCAAAAGCUUUUCAAAGAACUGCGAAAUGUAUUUCCAAUGCGUGAAGCUGAAAUCGAUCAAAGUGCUUUGGAAAAAAUUCCAUAUUUAAGAGCUUGCAUAAAGGAGACCUUAAGAAUGUAUCCAGUUGUCAUUGCGAAUGGCCGAAGUCUGCAAACAGAUGCUGUAAUUGCUGGCUAUCAUAUACCAAAGGGUACACAUGUCAUAUUCCCGCAUCUGGUGGUGUCCAAUGAUCCCGCAUAUUUUCCAGAACCGAAACGAUUUCUGCCCGAACGUUGGCUAAAGCAGAGCGAAAUGGGUGCAGCAGCGGAAUGUCCACACCACGCCGGACGGAGGAUUCAUCCCUUUGUGAGUUUGCCUUUUGGUUAUGGCCGACGCAUGUGUGUGGGACGUCGGUUUGCCGAAAUUGAAUUGAAUAUGCUUUUGGCGAAGAUAUUUCGGAAAUACAAAGUGGAAUACAAUUCCGGCGAAUUAGUGUAUAAAGUGAAUUCAACCUACAUACCAGAAUCGCCACUUAAUUUUAAAUUGACGCUAAGGGAUGAGUAGUGUACGGUGGUGGUGAGGGCAGUGAGGGCGAUGGCGCGUGAGCGACGACUAAACAAACGUGAAUGAGUUGAUGAUAUUGGGUGCAGUGUGGUUAUCCGGCCAUCAGCAGCAGCAGCAGCAGCAGCAACUAUGAUUAUUUAGAAUUUGCCAAAAAAUCGUCGGUCAGGCAGUCAGCAACAGUGCAACUUUGUGUUUGUUUAGGGGGCGUCAUUAUGCCCCCUUGCACAUACACAUAUAUAUAUAUACAUUGGAGUAUGUACACAUAUACAAUAUAUGUAUUUAUAUGCAAGCAUACAUUCAAUAUUUGCAGUUAUAUUCGGUGUUGUUGUUGUUGUUGCUAUGGUUUUCGUACAAUAUUAUACUUUAGUCUCGCCAAUAUGAGUUUCAUACGUGCUUCCAUUCCAUUGUAAUGUUUGCUCGAGGCAAAUAUAAAUUAUGCUAAUAUAUAUUCCAUAUUGUGUACAUUAUGGUAUUUAGUAUUAAAUUUAUACAUAUACGAGUAUACACGUAUGCAUACAUGUAGAUACACACUGUAUUAAAUGACGUAAGCGGAUACAGAAUUAUUAUUUUUUUUUGGUACUAAUACUAUAAAAUGCGCAUAG